GGGCAAUACCACUUGCACAAAAACACUACAAAUUAAGCUAGCUUACUCCUAUAUAUACACAUCAUCUUACCAAACUCCCAAAGUACUUCAACAUACUUACAAACAGCCCAAACCAAAAAUAACACCCAACCAGUCAUUAUUCCUUUUCAUCAUUUUCUCUCUUCUCAAUGGCUUCAACUCUUCCUUCAAACACUUUUUUCACACCACAAAAUCAAGUGACUCAAUCAAAUGUUAAUUACCCUAUGCAUUAUGGUCUUACAAUGUGGCUAGGCCAAGACCAAGAUGAUUGUUUCUUCCCAUUUUCGAACAAUUUCGGAUGCUUUGAUGACUUGAUUCUCUCAGAAAAUACCAAUAAUAAUGUUAGUAUUGAUUCUUCAUGUAAUUCAAGCUCCACCUUAAUGGAAGUACCAUGUUUUGGGACAUCAGCUUUUGACUACUACAACAACCAUGGCAAUGGACAUACUAAUUCAUCAGGGAGUACAUAUGAUGAAUUAGAAAGUAAUGGUUAUGGAGCGUUACAUAGUUAUGUCCCUAGUGCUAACAAUUAUGUUGCCACUCCGCCUGAGUGUUGGGAAUUUCAAGGCCACACGACUUCACAAGUUACAGGAUCAGAGAACAGUAGUAAUAAAGUGGGAAAAUAUUCGGUGGAAGAGAAAAAAGAAAGGAUUCUUCGCUAUCUUAAGAAAAGAAAUCAAAGAAACUUCCGUAAAACUAUCAAGUAUGCUUGUCGUAAGACGUUAGCUGAUAGGAGGGUUCGAAUUCGAGGUCGAUUUGCCAAGAAUCAAGAAGAAGAAUCACCUUCUAGUUACGAUCAUUAUCGUAACAUAGUCCAAGAUAAGGCUAGUAACAAGAUCUAUCAGUGCGGUGACUUCAACGGAGAAUGGGUGCAAGAAGCAAUGUCUAGCCUACUAUAUGUGCCUUCUAUCUCUAGUUGGCAUCCCAAUGGAACUACAUCGUUUUUAAGUGACUACAAGUAGGAUUUAGAGGAAGACAAAGCAUUUACAUACAAAUUGUGCUUCUUUUAAAUCCGUGAAUUGAAUACAAUAUUGUACGAACAAUCUUAUUCA